UUAUGACGUUUUUCUAGCUGUCAAUUAUGUCUUAUAUUGUUUACAUGUCAAUGAGAUAUUUUCGUAAAUAAAAUUCUUUCAUAUAUAUAAGAUGUCUAAGGUUUUGAUGAUAAGACAUUUACCUGAAACAUUAUCUUUUCAAGACAAAGAGCAGCUUCUGAAGCACUUCGGGGCGGAAACAAUUUGGGAAGCACGAUCUAAACGAAAUUACCUGUUUGCUUCUUUUAGUUCUGUAGAGAAAGCUAAAGCAUCGCUGGUACGUCUUCAUCAACUUGAAAUAGCUCACAGAAGGUUGGUAGUGGAAUUCUCUACUGAUAAGGAACCAAUAACAGAUAAGAAACCUGAGUCAGAUCAAAAUUCGCAGACAACAAAGUUACUAAAAGAAUUUUUGAAAGCACUAAAUGCUUGGAAUCCGUCAGUUGACUUCUACCAACCGCCACCACCACAUUUAAAUUACAAAUAUCCUGAUAUUACUCCACAAAUAGCUAUAAAUAUCAUCCAUGCAUUAUUUACCCAUAAACCUUUUUACACUCAAGCUUUGCAUUUGAUGAAUAAGAUGUGCCUGGAUGUACCUUUUGAAGAAAAUCAGAAAUGUUUAGAGUUCUUCAAGGAGACGUUUCGGGAGUACUUUGUAGGUGACAUACAACUCCCUCCACCAUCUGUUAGUGAAACAGAAUCAGAGAUAUCAAGUGCAGAGGAUGACGGAGGAGUGGAACCAAAAGUACAGCCUUUAAGGAAACUAGUUACAAGGAAAAGAAAGCUGCCAGUACCUAAGCACAAUCCUAAAAAGCUACAAACACUUCUCCCAGCUGCCAAGAUAAAGAAAUCCAUUGUCAGCCAAGAGGAAAUAUUUGAAGCAGUCAGUACAAUUUUAGAACCAAAGAAAAUAAUGCUAAAUGUCCAUCAAGAUGCUUUACAAAAGCCUACUGAAGAGCCAGAAAUCAUAGGAGAAAUUGGAAAGUUCCAGAAAGAAGAACAACCAGCUGAAGUUGAGGAGACACCGGUAGCACCUGAACAACCAAUCAUAACUAGGAAGGAAUUACUAAGGAAUAGAAUAUCUUAUAAAGACAUGAAGGUUCUGCCUGUCUUUAAGAACUAUCAUCCUGGACAACCCUCAAUGAGGUUGUACAUCAAGAAUUUGGCUAAGUCAGUGACUGAACAAGAUGUCACCAGUAUCUACAAGCAAUAUGUUAAAGGUCUAACAGAUGAGGAGCUGACAGGCUUUGAUGUGAGGGUCAUGCAGGAGGGACGGAUGAAAGGACAGGCCUUUGUGACCUUCCCUACAGUAAGGACAGCUGAAACUGCUCUAAAUGAAACUAAUGGGUACUUGCUUAAAGAAAAGCCAAUGGUGGUUCAGUUUGCUAGGGCUGCCAAUAAAAAGACUAUAGAAUAAUAUUACUUUUAUUGAACCUACUUUGAGUUGUUGCCCUUGUAUUUCAUAUUCAACAAGAUUUCUCUUUUAUUACUUUAUAUAUUACUUUGUACACUAAAGGUAGAAGAAAAGAU